CAACGAAGGAAAGUGUAGACGUGGAUUUAGACGGCCUUUUCUCCCUCAACGAACGACCAUUUCCAAGCCCAGCCCAUCGCUAGUCUUCCUUUGUAUUGUUAGGGUUUGGGGAAUCUCCAACACCUUCUUCGUCUUGGAUUCGAAUUCAGAUGGUUCAGCUGAUGAAGAAUUCUGCGAAGGCGGAAACGGCGUCGUGCGCUGACACCAAUAACCCCAUCAAGUUGGAGAUCGUUGAGGACCCACUGGAAGAAGAGCAUGGCCCUCUCAACAAGCGUUGCAAACCCUUUCCCUCUCCAUCGCCUUUGCCUCACCCUCACCCUCAGCAAUGGAGUGCUUCCAGUGAUGCUUCUGUCAGUUCCCCUUCGCAUCUGAAUAUACUCGACGAGCCGAGCCCUUUGGGUUUGCGCCUCAGGAAGAGCCCUUCGCUGUUGGAUUUGAUUCAGAUGAAGUUAUCUCAAGGAAGUGCGCCACAAACCGAAGAUUUAAGCUCUGGAAUCAAAAGGGAGAGCAGGGGUGCUGCCGCUGCUGCUGUGUCGGACAAGCUUAAAGCUUCAAACUUCCCGGCUUCGCUUUUGCGGAUUGGUUCGUGGGAGUAUAAAUCAAGAUACGAGGGUGAUUUGGUGGCCAAGUGUUACUUUGCGAAGCAUAAGCUUGUUUGGGAAGUUCUUGAAGGCGGUCUAAAGAGUAAAAUAGAGAUUCAAUGGUCUGAUAUCAUGGCACUUAAAGCUCAUUGUCCAGAUAAUGGGCCUAGCACGUUGACUGUUGUGCUUGCUAGACAGCCUCUUUACUUCAGGGAGACUAAUCCUCAGCCUAGAAAGCAUACACUAUGGCAGGCAACCGCUGAUUUUACUGAUGGACAGUCUAACAAACAUAGGUUGCAUUUUUUGCAAUGCCCACAAGGGCUGUUGGCCAAACAUUUUGAAAAGCUUAUCCAGUGUGAUAUGCGUCUUAAUUUCUUAAGCCAACAGCCAGAGAUAAUUUUGGAUUCACCACAUUUUGACACACAACCUUCUAAUUUUGAGGACCCAGACAACUCAAAAGAUCGUGAACUGCUUCAAGUCAGUGGUAAAGGAUCCUCCACAUCUUGUUUUCACGACAGAGGAUCACCUCAAUCAUCCCUUUCAUCAUCAUUUAAGAUUGAACACAACGAUCCUCCUGGAAUGACGUUGGAUAGUCUCCCCCGAGAUGCACCUUCACCCAGCUCAGUCAUGGACUGUACUUCAAUUGAAGGGAGUACAAGCUCUGAAACCGAUUCCAAGGGCCCGAGAAAUGGGGAUCAGAUGAAACUUCCUGGACUUCGACCUUCUAUGUCAGUGAGUGAUUUUAUAGGCCAAAUUGAACUCUUAAAUAGUCCAAAUAUUCUAUUUCUCCUCUCUCCUUGUAUUUCUUGA